CUUCUCUUCUAAUGAGGGUGUGUCUCUCCGAGAAAAGCCUUCAGUUUGUGACUCUGCCAGCUUUUUUACUCCCCCUGGUUUCAGAGAGUUUGCAGUCCGUCUCUUCUCAAACUUCAGCCCGCUCCGGUUUGAGUCUCAGAGGAGCUGAGGGGGAUCCUACAGGUUCACACAGAUCACCUCAGUCCGCCUGAAAGUUCCAGUCGUAAAUCAGUGGAGUCAAUUAGGAAUAGAGAGUUUCAUCCAGCAUGGGGGACGUGAUUUCCAGUCACCUGGAUGAAGCCAAGCGGGAGAUGAUCACAGCUCGGACCGGGGAGGUGAUGGGGGAGUUUGGGCGUCUGUAUGAGCAGCAGUAUGCAGUGGCUCUCUUCAACAAAGUCCGCUUUGACAUCGAGGGAGGAGGCGGCCCACAACCCCAGCUGCUCCACCGCAAGACUCCUCUGGAAAACAAGUCCAUCUUCUCCGGCUCGCUCUUUCAGUACCUGGAGGAGAACAAGAAAUGGAGGAACCGCUUCCUCUUCGUCCCAGACUCCUACAACAUCAACUACUACGACAACAAAGCGUCCCAUGACAGACGCCUCAAUCCCAAAGGAACCAUCAACUGUGCCGGGUACAAGGUGCUGACGUCGAUGGAUCAAUACCUGGACCUGAUCAGCAAUAGUCUGCCAGGUGUGAAAGCCAAGGUGGGAAGUUCACCUUUCCUGAAGUGUGCGACUCAGUUCCCUCUGAUCCUGUGGCACCCUUACGCUCGUCACUACUACUUCUGUGUGACAGCGGAGAAGGAGCAGCAGAAGUGGCACGCUGUCCUGCAGGACUGUGUCAGACACAGCAACGAUGGUUUGUCAGAGGAUAAUAAAGUCCAGACUCCCGCCUUCACUGAUGCCGUACGAUUCUACCGUCAGGCUCAAGGGCACUACGGCACCUGGGAGAUGAUGUGUGGGGUUAAUUCACAGAUCCUGUCCAACCUGGUGAUGGAGCGCCUCCUCACUGAGCUGAGGGAGCUCAUCUCACCCCGCCUCAAAGGGAAGCUGCAUGAGAGGCAGAGGAACUGGAUGCUGAUCAGCGAUGCAGUGUACAGUCUGGUGCAGACUCAGUGUCAGGCUCAGUACGAGGCGGUGCUGCAGAAAUGUGAGGCGGCUCGCUCGUCUCUGGAAGCUUCCAUAAGAACAGACAUGGACCAGAUCAUCACCUCCAAGGAGCACGUCACCAACAAGAUCAAAGGUGUUGUUCUCCCCAAGGCGGAGAAGCUGCUGAAGGUGAGCAUCCAGCCGUACAUCAGCUCCAUCCUGGACGCCCUGAUGGAGCCCACCAGCCGGGGAUUCUCCGAGGUCAGAGACGUCUUCUUCAGAGAGCUGGUGGACAUGAGCAAGAACACGCUCAACCAAGGCACCAAGGAGACUGUGGCACAGCACAUGGAGAAGAUCUCCAUGCUGGCGUUCCAUCCGGUGAAGAUGCAGAGCUGCUAUGAGAAGGUGGAGUCUCUGAGUCUGGAGGGUCUGCAGCAGAGGUUCGACGUCUCCAGCCCGUCAGUGUUCGUGCAGAGAGCUCAGAUCCUCAUGAGAGAGCAAAUGGACGAUGCCGUAUACACGUUCGAGCAGAUCCUCCACCAGAGUCUGGAGUCUCAGGGUUCAGACGAGCUCUGUAAGACCAUCCAGCGCUGCCAGGACAGAGUUAUCAAGAAAUUUGACUACGACAGCAGCACGGUGAGGAAGCGCUUCUUCCGUGAGGCUCUCCUUCAGAUCUUCAUCCCCUACAUGCUGAAGCAGCUCAGCCCCACCUGCUCCCCGGAGCUGCCGCGCUUCCAGGAGUUGAUCUUUGAGGACUUUUCCAGAUUCAUCCUGGUGGAGAACAUCUUCGAGGAGGUGGUGCUGCACUCCGUCAUGAAGGACAUCAUGAUGGCCGUGAAGGAGGCAGCCGUCCAGAGGAGACACAACCUCUACAGAGACAGCAUCGUCCUCAGCAACAGCGACCCUAGCCUUCACCUGCUGGGAGAAAACCCCUCCAUCGACUGGACCGGGGAGUACGGUGGAGCACAGGAGGAGUUAGACGGGGCCGGGGAGGAGUCUCAGGGUGAUGCUGAGGGUGAAGGAGAGGGUGAGUGUGGCGCAUCCCAGAAGAGAAGGAGGAUGAAGCAGGUGGUGUCCAUGAUCCAGGUGGAAGGCUCUGGUGAGUCCUGCGUGGAGGUUCCAGGUGUGGAUGACAUCCCAGAGGAGGAUGGAGAGGAGGAGGAGGAGAAGGAUGGAGAUGGGGAGGAGGAGAGCUCGGAUGGAAAAGCUUCUCCUGAGCAGAAUGGAUCUGAGAGUCCCAAAGUUUCAGAGAAGUCUACGGAAUUAUCAAACGGUGCUGAGCUGAAGGAGGAAAAAGCCGAGCCUGAAGGUGAAGAAGUCAAACAGGAGGCUGAGACUCCUACAGAGAGCGUUUUAGCUACAGAGGAGAAAUGUAAAGGAGCAGACAGCCAGCCAGCAGCAGUGGUGGAAGAGCAGCCAUCGUGCAACCAGAAGGUGUCAGAGGAGGUCCUUCCACCACCUCCUCCUUCUGAGGAAACCCCAUCCGGAGCUGCAGAACCAGCACCCGAGGCAACAUCAGACUUUCCCCCGCCUCCACACGAUGACAGCGGCUUCCAGUCUCCCUGCAGCGAAGGAGCCGAGGCGGAGGAGCAGGAGGAGCCUGCAGAGAAGCACCCUGAGGAGCCAGCUGCACCAGAACCAGAAAGUAAACCCAGUGACUCUGCGCCCACAGAGCAGUGAUGAAAUGAUCCUGUCUGUUUUGACCUGAACUGAAACCUGCCCCUCUGGGUUUGUCGUUUUCCACAAAGAUAAAGAACAAGGCUUCCAGAUGUUUUUAGCAGUUUCCACAGUGAAGUAAUCCCUCUCACCGAGCAGGGCUCAGGUGCUGUCCUCGUUGUUUUAGGAUCUUCUGCUGAAUGUUCCUGACCUUUCAUUUCACGAGUUCCACAAUUUCUCUUUUCUUCACCUGGUAUGAAGGUGAGCACAACCUUGAGGUCUUAAAGGUGUUUUAUAAGUGUGUGACAGGAACACCACAGUUUAGGUGGAGUUGGUUCAAAAUAAUGCAAAUGGAUUUAAUUCUUCAGGCUCUCCUGUUUCUCUGAUAACAUCUUUGAUUACGUCUCUUUUCUUUGUGUAAAUAUAAUGUCCCCUAAUAAAAACAUACUAUUAGUUAUCAUUGGACCUGACUGACGACAGAAAAAACUUUACUUUAUGCUAAUUAUUUGUUAAUCUUUUCGGUGUAGCGUCUCCAGACUCGACAACUUCUUUAGUGUUGGUGGGAAUGACACUAUUUUAUCCAGUAACAAAGAAAGCUUGUGUAUAUUUUGUAUAAAUUCUUCCUUGGAUCA